CAUCUGACAUGAGUCUCUGCGGGGCCCUCAACCUGAGCCUGGCUGGCGAGGCGACCACAUGUGCGGAGCCCGGGGCUCUCAACGCGUCGGCUGGGCCUCCCUCCGGCCGGGCAGGCGCGUCGCCAGCGCUGCCCAUCUUCUCCAUGACCCUGGGCGCUGUGUCCAAUGUGCUGGCGCUGGCGCUGCUGGCGCAGGCCACGGGCCGCCUGCGGCGCCGCCGAUCGACCGCCACCUUCCUGCUGUUUGUCGCCAGCCUUCUGGCCACUGACCUGGCAGGCCAUGUCAUCCCCGGGGCGCUGGUGCUGCGCCUGUACGCGGCGGGCCGCUCGCCGGCGGGCGGCGCCUGCCACUUCCUGGGAGGCUGCAUGGUCUUCUUCGGCCUGUGCCCGCUGCUACUGGGCUGCGGCAUGGCCGUGGAGCGCUGCGUGGGCGUCACGCGGCCGCUGCUGCACGCGGCGCGCGUCUCCACCGCCCGCGCGCGCCUGGCGCUGGCCGCACUGGCCGCCGUGGCUUUGGCGGUGGCGCUGCUGCCCCUGGCACGCGUGGGCCGCUACGAGCUGCAGUACCCCGGCACGUGGUGCUUCAUCGGCCUGCGCCCGGCGGGCGGGUGGCGCCAGGCGCUGCUCGCCAGCCUAUUCGCCGGCCUCGGCCUGGCGGCGCUGCUCGCCGCGCUCGUGUGCAACACGCUCAGCGGCCUGGCCUUGCUGCGCGCCCGCUGGCGCCGCCGCUCUCGACGCCGUCCUCCUGCAUGUGGCCCCGAUGGCCGCCGUCUCCGGGGGGCGCGCGCGCCCCGCUCAGCCUCAGCUUCGUCCUCCUCGUCCGUCACUUCGGUCCCCGGCGGCUCCCCGGGCCGUGGCUCAGCGCGCCGAGCCCGCGCUCACGAUGUGGAGAUGGUGGGCCAGCUCGUGGGCAUCAUGGUGGUGUCGUGCAUCUGCUGGAGCCCGCUGCUGGUGUUAGUGGUGAUGGCCGUCGGGGGCUGGGGCUCCAGCUCCCUGCAGCGGCCGCUGUUUUUGGCCGUGCGCCUCGCUUCAUGGAACCAGAUCCUGGACCCCUGGGUGUACAUCCUGCUGCGCCAGGCGGUGCUGCGCCAACUGCUUCGCCUCCUGCCCCCGAGGGCCGGCACUAAGGGCAGCCCUGCGGAUCUGGGCCUAACCAGGAGCGCCUGGGAGGCCAGCUCGCUGCGCAGCUCCAGGCACAGUAGCCUCAGCCACCUGUAG